AUGACAACAGUUAUGGAUAUGGUUAAUAAGAUUAAUCCUGAGAAGGAAGUAUGGAACCUCAAAGUUAGGGUGAUUAGGCUUUGGACUGUUUCAACUUUCACUGGUCAGCUUCUCCCAAAUUUCAUGGAGAUGAUUUUGGUUGAUGAAUCUUUCAGGACCACUAUUAGGGAUGCUAUCUGCAAUUUUAUUCCAAAAUCUGCUCUUAUAAUCUCUCCAUUCACUGAACUUUUGGAAACCAAAGAGGAUUCCGAUUUCUUAGUUGAUGUGGUGGGUCUGUUGGUCUCUGUGUCGGAAAAGAAAGAAUAUGGUAAAGAUAGAAAGAAGAUGAAGAUGGCUGUGAAGGAACUUGCUGAAAAUGAGUUAACUCACAGGAUUCGGUAUGCCUUAUUUAGUGAAUAUGUUGACGAACUUAAUCGAUUUCUAUCUUCUAGGUAUGCUGAACAGCUAGUUGUGGUAUUACAGCUUGCCAAAGUUAAGGUUUUUAGAGUUGGUGUUGUAUUUGUUAAGAGUUCUAUUCCACAUGGAGUUGGUGCAUCCCAACCCAUUGGUAUUGUUAGAUCUGGAAAAAAUAUUGGAAUAGAAGAAGAUUUUUUGAAGCUCACACCUAGGUGUACUGUGAAGUCGCUUGAUGAUAACAACCGAGUUGAACCAGCUGAAACUUUUAUUGUACUAGCGAAGAUAGCUAAAAUAGUUGAGGAUGGUCCUUGGUGGUACUCUGCUUGUUUGUGUGACAGAGGUGUUCAGAUAGAAUCUAGGAUUUACUUUGUCAAUUUUGCAACAUCCAUGUUACAAAUGUUUAAAGUGAAGGUAUUAGUUAAGGAUUCCACUUGUGUUUCUAUUUUUGUCCUCUUUGAUCGUGAGGCAAGUUACCUACUGAAUAAGACUUAUGCGCAGCUGUUUGAACAACAUCUUAAAGAUGUUGAUGUUGUGUUUGGCACACAGUCUCUUCUUAUAUUCCAAGAAAUUGUUGGAAAAAUUAUGAUGUUCAAGGUUCUUAGUUGGCUUGUUGGGAUGGAGAAAUUCAAAGGGUCUUAUCUAGUGAGGCGUGUUUGUGAUGAUGCUGCAAUACUUAAAAUGUUUGAGCUCUCUGGUUCAGAUUUGAGUCCUGAAAAGGCUGGGUUUGUACCAAAAGGAGAGGGAUCAUUUGGGAAACCCUCUAAGGUUACCGAAUCACUGAAUUUGGGAUUGACUCCUUCCAACUGCUCUAAGCUCUUUGCUAGUUCGCCUAAAUGUACCCAACCAAAAUCAAGUGUUGUUGACUUGGGAGUUGAUGAAGAUGCUACGUAUCUUCUCCUUAAAAGAAAGUUUGCUGAUGCUGUGGUGGAUAAGUUAAAUGAAGUGGAUAGUUCUCAAAAUUCAUGUGAUGAAGUUGAAGAAAGUGAAGAGGAGUAUGUGGUUGGCCUUAAUCGAGGCUCUCUUGAUUCUGAGAAAGAUGUGAAGCCUUCGUUGAAGAGGUUGAGAAGAUCCUUGAGGCUGCAAUUUGAUGAAGCUGAGGAGUCUCGUGGCUCGGGAAAUGAUGGCUCCUCUAGACAUAGGGUUAAUUGA